GCUCACUCAGCCCAGUUCAAUCGCGCGGGGUUCCAACCUCAGGCACGAGGGCAGUGGACCCUCGCCACGCUAGAGCGACCUCUCUCAGGCGCCAGAGUUCGACGGCCGGAUUCAAGCGAGAGGACGUUGCGACGACACACACACGCACACACACACACAACGACGACUCAGAGCCACCAAACCAAAUCGGGCACCAUCGUGAGCAAGGGCUUGGCUUCUCACCACCAUCACCACCUUCUCGUCGAGUUGUUCACCCUCUUUUCACUCUAUCCACUCCAUCUCCUCUUCACCCCUCUUUGCGCGGACUCGCAGCAGCAGCAUACGAGGAGUCCUUCACCCUCGCGCCUCCUAUUCCUCCUCCUCGGCACUCCUUUGUCCCUCGGAAUCGCAUCAUCAUCUUACAACAAGCUUAGAUACCUCUCGCCUCUCUACUCAUCAUUAUGAAUAACGCAAUGCCUCAGCCCACGCCAAUGGCCAGGGGCGCGGCUCCUGCCCGCCUCGACAACGAGGAGCUGCAACGCCGACAGAUAGGCUCCGUGAUCAGCAGCAUCAUUGGCGGCGGCAGCGGCGGCGGAGGGUCGUCCAACGGAGGUGGGUCUUCAGGGAACAGCGGUGGUAAUGGCGGGAACAGCGGUGGCGGAGAUACGUCAAACGGCGGCGGAUCAGGUGGCACAACGUCGCAGGGUGGUAACGGUGGAAGUGGAGGUGGCUCUUCGAACAACGGUGGUGGCGGUACGACGUCGCAGAAUGGUGGAAGUGGCAAUGGGAAUAAUGGCAAUGGGAAUAAUGGCAAUGGCGGGAGUGGCGCUACGACGAUCACGUCCAAUGCCGGGGGGAACAAUGGUGGGACGACGACGGCCGUGGAGACUGCGCCGGCCACUGUUGUGUCGGAGAGCAGACAGGGCACCUCAGUCGUGCAAGUCACGCGCACCAUCGCUGGCACUCAGACGAACUCUGUCGUCAUCGUCAACGCUACAGCCACUGGCACGGGAACUUCAUCUGGUUCCGGCUCCGGCUCGUCGAGCUCAAGCAGCAGCAGCAAUGGCGGGCUCAUCGGUGGCGUCGUAGGCGGUGUUGUGGGCGGCCUCGCGUUGCUGGGCCUUCUCCUCGCCGUCGCUCUCCUCUGGCGUCGUCGCAAGGCUCGCACAGGGCGUGGCUGGUUCCUCUGCUUUGGCAAGCGACCCACGGGCGACGAGGAGAUCGAUUGGAACCACUUCGACCCCUCUGCUCCCUCCUCGAGCUCGGCCGCUGGCUUCGGCGCCGCGGGCGCGGCCGGUGGUUUACGCAAGGGCCGCACUGCCCAAGGCGCUACCUUGCCCGAGGGCUUUGAAGACGACCCGGAGCUCAUGGGCGAUUCUCCUUCUGGCUACGACCACAGCGGUGGGACGGGCGAUAUGGCCCAGUACGCAGGAGCGGGUGCAGCUCUCGGCGUCGCAGGUGGGGCCACUGGAGGCUACUACGCCGCCGAUCACGGGCGAAGCGACGACGGCAGCCACUCGCAACAGCCCUGGUCUGCUUACAACAACGGCGCCUCCUCGUACUACGGCUCUUCGCACCAGGCUCCCUCUUCCCCUCCUCAAGGCCAGUCUCAACAGCAGCAACCCUCCUACGACCACCUCGACCCGCCCGAGAUCCGCGAGCAGCGCAUGCGCGAGCAAGCAGCCCUGGCCGCUGCUGGCUCAGCGUUGGGCUCUGGGCGUGCUGGCAGCGUCUCUGCGCAGAGUGGGACAAGCCACGGGGGCCAACAGCACCCCAAUAUGCUCACUCCCGGAAGGAGUGGUGCCGGAUCGCCUCCGCAGCAGAACGGGCAGUUUGAAGGCGCGGACGCUGGAGGGUACUAUGGACAGCACUACGGCAACGGCGCGGGCGGGAUGUACCAGCCUGGCCCGCCUGCAUACGGCAACCAUGCCGACGCUGACGACGAUGCCGAGAUCUCGCAACAGUACCUUGCUGGCGCGUCAGCCGGUGGCAUGACCCACGGGGACGACGAAGAAGCUGGAGCGAGCGGUGCCGGCGGCGGCGGCAACAACGGGCAGAGGCUGAUGCUGUCCAACCCUGAUCAGGAUGACGAGGACGAGAGGAUGGCAACUCCUCAGCCCCCGGCGAAGGAUCAUGCGCCCAGUGAGGGGACGUGGAGGCGAUACUAAAGAAGCGCAGAAGGCGAAACAAAGAAAAGAAACGCAGUAUACUCGAUGCAUGAACAACAGAGCAGCAGCAGCAGUAGCGCUCGCUCGUCCGGAUCCCCCUCUUCUCAGAUUCCUCUGUAGCACACACACACACACUCAUUACGAACAACACCAUCAAGAUGGCUAGGGUAGACUCUCGGCCCUUUGCAGACUCCGAAUUCUCUCCUCUUUCUCUCUCUCCUCCGAUCACGUAUAAGGAGCCUCGCUCCCUUCUCGAUGUGUACAUAACCACUUUCGAACAAUCGAUGAUUACCACUCCCCACC